AUGGCUGCCCCCGCAGAGAAGACGGCCGAUGUGACAAAAGAUGCCGGCAUUGACACAAAGGCCGAAGGCACCUACUCCCCUUCGUCGGACAGCCUCGCUGAAUCAGUGGGCAUCAACGAGAAAGCUCUACUCCGGAAACUGGACUAUAAGCUUCUUCCACCUCUGACGUUGUUAUAUCUACUUUCAUACUUGGAUCGGAGCAAUGUCGGAAAUGCAAAGCUGGAUGGCCUCACAACCGACCUCAAUAUGUCUGGGGAUCAGUAUCUCAACGGCCUCACCCUGUUCUUUGUCGGCUAUGUGCUGUUCGAGAUCCCAUGCAACAUCAUUCUAAGGAGAGCCACGCCCAGAAUAUGGCUGCCCACCCUCUCCAUAAUUUGGGGCGUUGUCGCUACACUUUUAGGAGUUGUUCAGAACUACUCCGGCUUCCUGUCAUCACGGUUCUUUCUCGGUAUCGCGGAGAGUGGUCUCUUCCCUGGCGUGGUAUUCUAUAUGUCCAUGUGGUAUAAACGGAAUGAGCAGCACUAUCGCAUUGCUCUAUUUUUCAGUGCCGCAUCGCUUGCGGGUGCGUUUGGUGGAAUUCUCGCAUGGGGUAUUGGGCACAUGGAUGGUGUGGGCGGGUAUAGUGGUUGGCGAUGGAUCUUCAUCUUGGAGGGUCUAUUGACCCUCGUGAUAUCCUUCAUAAGCUAUUUUUGGGUCUACAACUACCCCUCGACUGCGGAAUUUCUAUCCAAGGAGGAAAGACAGUUCAUCCAGUUCCGCUUGAAAAAUGAUAAUGACGCCACGCGCGAAGAGGCCUUCACAUGGUCCGCUGUACUAGAUGCAGUUAAAGACCCUAAGAUCUGGCUAUAUGGAUUAGGAUUUCAUACCUUAUCUCUGCCGCAGUAUACGCUUUCACUCUUCCUGCCAACUAUUAUCGAGGAGCUGGGAUUCUCGGCCGCUGAAGCGCAGCUACUUACUGUGCCCCCAUACGUGAUAGCUGUCUGCUUGACUAUCGCAGUCGCGGUUUUCUCACAGCGGACACGACUUCGGGCGCCCUUUAUCAUGGGCUCAUCUUCAAUUGCGUGUAUCGGAUAUAUCAUGUUGCUUACCGACUCCCAUCCUGGAGUGUGUUACGUGGGAACUAUCUUCCUAGCAGCGGGCAUCUUCCCUGCAGUGGCCAUAGUGUUAUCUUGGCCAGCGAAUAACGUCUCCGGCCAGACGAAACGCUGCAUCGCCAACGCUAUGCAGAUCUCUAUUGGCAAUUGCGGUGCGAUCCUCGGCACACAACUCUACCGCACCGAGAUGAAGCCGCGCUACUACCUUGGUAAUGGGGUUGCGCUAGGAUACCUAGUCGGCAAUAUCUGCGUCGUGGGGUUACUGUGGUAUGUCCUACAUCGGGAGAAUUUGGAGAAAGAGCGCCUGCGGGAAGAGCAAGGAUUGACUGCUUUGAUGGGCGAUAUUGGAGAUGCAGAGGGCGAAUUCUUAGGCGAUAAAGAUCCCCGCUGGGUUUUCCAGACCUGA